UGUAAAAAUUUUAAAAUUAUUGGGAGGUGCGGGGCCCCCCGACUAGCCCCUCCCAGAGAAUUGAAUCCAUAUCAAAAAGAUAAUGGGACUGUUUAUCCAGAGGAAAAAAGAGUUGGUGCGGAUCGACUUUUAUCUUCUUGGCUUGUGGGAGAUGGCGGUGCUAAUUGGAGACUUAAAGCUUUGAAGCGUGCAGAAGACCAAGCUGCUCGACAAGGACGAAGGCUUGAGGAGGUUGUGCAAGAACGCUGGGGUUCUCUUGAUAUGCUUGCCGAACAUGCCAUAAGAAAUAGAAAGCAAGGGCAAGAUGAGGAGAAAGAAAAAGUUGCAGACAAUGAAAGCGGAAGAGAUUCUAGAAAGAACACUGCUCCAGAUUAUUUGCAGGAUGUAUCUCUUGGACAUUCUGACUUGAGGGCCCCAAAAGUCCGUGAUUCAUUAUCCUGGGGAAAACGAAAACGCCAAAAUACUCCUGCUAAAGAUGCUGCCGUUGUAUCUGCUGCAAAUAAGUUUGCCAAUGAUGGAAACUUUAUGCAUGAAUUUCUUCGUAAGCAGGGCACUGACACUGCUACAUCUGGUGGAGAUGAGGACUCAGAGGCAAAUAAACCAAGUGAAGCUGCUACAGUGCUUAAGGAGAGUGUGAGCACAAACCGAUUGGCAGCUAAGGCUUUGCAGCUUCGAAUGAAGGGAAAGCAUGAAGAAGCUGAGAAACUUCUACUGGAAGUUGAGAGCAUGAAAGCACAGCAGAGAACUGGAGAUCAUGCAAGUGAGAAGCAGAAUGUCCACAGUGGAAGCAGAUAUGUUGUUCACCAUGUCUCGAUGAGAAAAAGGAAGGAUGAUGAUGAUACUGAUAAGCAUCUAGCUCGAAGAAUAAUGCGCAACAAACUAUACAGUGUUUCUGGUCAGGCAGAUGAUAAUGACUAUGAUUAUGAAGAUGGCCCGAGCAGAAAGUCUCCAAAGACGGGUGGGAACAAUGAUUUGUCAAGGCGUAUAUUGACUCAGCAAGAGCGCUGCCUUUUCUGCUUUGACAACCCAAACAGACCAAAACAUCUUGUCGUUGCUACAGCAAAUUUUACUUACUUGAUGUUGCCACAAUGGCAGCCUAUUGUUCCAGGUCACUGCUGCAUCUUACCAACGCAGCAUGAGUCAGCCACAAGAACAAUUGACAACUACGUGUGGGAUGAAAUUCGUAACUUCAAGAAAUGCUUAAUUAUGACGUUUGGCAAGCAAGAUAAGGAGUUGGUGUUCUUGGAAACGGUGAUGGGCUAGGGGCAACAGCGUCGCCAUUGUUCGAUUGGAUGUAUUCCUUUGCCACGGGAAGUUGCAAAGCAGGCGCCUGUGUAAUUUAAAAGGCAAUUGAUGAAGCUGAAGAUGAGUGGAGCCAGCACAAUGCAAAGAAGCUGAUUGACACAAGUGAGUAGGAAUUGCGUGGUUCGAUUCCCAAAAACUUCCCGAACUUGCACGUUGAAUUCGGUCUAAACAGGGGAUUUGUUAAUGUAAUUGAUGAUGAAAGGCAAUCCAAGAGCUUGCUCUGUGGUCUCAAUGCGAUUAGAGGCAUGCUACAAGUGCUCGAGGAGGACAUGGAUCGUCGCAGGAGGCAUCAAUUCGUGGAGGAACAAAAGCAGGCUGUUGCAAGUUUAGACGCCACUGGGAACCUUUUGACUGGCCAAAACAACUUGACUAAGCAUGAAUUUUGUAAUCCAAAGCACAUGGGGCAUUUUUAGCUUUUGGUUUUACAACUAAAUGAAUGCAAAGAUAUUUGAUAAUUAUCUGAACAGAAGAAUUGGACAAUAUAUUCUUGAAAUCUCAAGGACA